AUGAAAAAGCGAGAUCAGUUUAGAGAUAAAAACUUCCGUUCGUAUCCACGAGACUUGCGCAAUAAUACAGAUGCAAAGGUAUGGGAAGGUACAGUAGCAAAUGUUAAGAAAGAUGAUAGACCUAUAGUGUUGGUCUACGUUAACAAUAUACCUACCAAGUUUCACAUUGACGAAGAAGCGGAAACUUCGUUAAUAUCUAAGCGCAUUAUAGAUAGAAUCAAGCGGAUAAAGCCUUUUUACAAUAAACUACCAGUAAUGAUAGAUAAUUCAUCCAGAAAAACAGUAGUGGGUAUAGGAAACGCCACCCCUGAGUUUAAGCUAAGAGGAAAUAAAGUUAGAGCUACUUGUAGAAUAGUGAAUUCAGGAGACACAUACCCGUGCGAUGGUACCGUAGCCGUACCCGUAUCAUAUUAUAAGCGAGAACCUAAGAGAUACCAUUAUAAUACGAAUCACAGAGGGGAUUAUUAUAGAGAGAACUAUAUAAGAAGCAUACAAGCAUAUCCCGAGCGGAAACGCUAUUCGGAAAAUACUUAUGUUAGAAAUGAUAGAAAAACUGAGACAAACAUAUGUAAAGAAAAGAAAAUAUAUAAUAAUAAUACGGAGAGAUCAAUUCCCAUAAAAUCAAAAGGUAUUGAAACUGCUAGACAACCACAGUUUAGAGAAAAUGAAAAUGCAAAUAAACAUAAGCGAAGAGCAUAUAAGGGAAAUAAGAAAGGAAAGAAAAUUUUAAGAAAUUCCCCACCAAAGACAAAUAAUACUCGUGAGAGAAAGAUAGACAAUAGCGGUAGUAAAGAAGAUACCUGUUACUCUGAUUUAAAUAUGGUUAAAGAGAUAGAUAAUGAAAAUACGCAGGAUAAUAUCUUCAAAGAAAUGCUUCAUCUUUUAAACAAUACAAAGAUUAAGUUUAGAUCUAUUUUUGAAAUGCCAAGUUUAAGAACUCUAUACGGAGAAACUGAAUGCUUUAAAAUUGAGAAAGGGGUGCGACAAGGCUGCAUUUUGUCUCCAUAUCUGUUUAACUUAUAUACUGAAUAUAUCAUGAGAAUGGUUACUACAAAUGAAGAGUCUAUUGGUAUCAAGAUUGGAGGCGAAACUAUUAAUAAUAUAAGAUAUGCAGAUGAUACCACCCUUUUGACAGAAAGCAAAGCAGAUUUAGAAAAACUUAUCAUAAGGGUAAAAGAAGAAAGUGCUAAAUUUGGUUUGAAGCUAAAUGUAAAGAAAACUAAAGUAAUGUCAACUAAAGAGUUAAAAGAUUUCAUUGUGGAUGGUGAAAGAAUUGAAGUGGUAGAAAGUUACAUACUUUUGGGCUCAAAGAUAGAAAGGAAUGGAAGUUGUGAAGGAGAAAUCAGGAGGAGAAUUAAUCUUGGCAGAACAGCCAUGGCAAAUCUCACCAAGAUAAUGAAAGAUAAAGACAUUUCCAUUCAUACUAAGAAAAGAAUUGUAGAAGCAAUGGUUUUCCCUGUAACAUUAUAUGGCUGUGAAAGCUGGACUCUAAGGAAAAAGGAAAGAAAAAUGAUAGAUGCAUUCGAAUUAUGGGUAUGGAGAAGAUUACUUAGAGUUCCAUGGACAGAAAAGAAAACAAAUAUCUCAAUUUUAGAAAAAAUUAAGCCAAGCUUCUCCUUAGAGUCAAGAAUCUUAAAACAAAAAUUGACCUACUUUGGACAUGUGAUGCGUAAAGAAGUUUCCCUAGAGAAGACUAUUAUGCUGGGAAAAGUGGAAGGUAGAAGGAAGAGGGGAAGGCAACGGAUAAGAUGGAUAGAAGAAAUACAAAAAGUCACAGAAAUGAAGCUGGAGGAGCUACGAGAAACAACAAGGGAAAGAUCAAGAUGGAGAAGACUUGUCCAUGAAGUCACCAGGAGUCGACGACGACUCGAUGGAACUUAACAACAAAAUACCUUUAAGAUUUUAUUAUUAUGUAUAACGCCAUUUUUCAGAGAGAGAGAGAGUAAUUCGAACUUAUGUAUUGCUGUGAAAAAUCAAGCCUUCUUUAAAUGUAGUGUGAUUUUUGAAGAUAAGGGAGUAGUGUGAGACCUGAAAGGCUCCUGGGUCUAAAAUAGUAAUUUUAUUAAUAAUGUAAAAUUUUGUCAUAGAAUAUUAUUUCAUUUUUGUGAGAAAAAUAAUGUUCUAACGUGGGAAAAAUAGAUAACAGAUGCUACUUCCUUUCACAGAAGUUAGUACAUCCUCUGUUUUUCCCUUAUCUGCGAAAACUCUCGCUUUGAUGGGAAAUGUUUACCCCUCACAUACUCCCCUUUCCAUCCGUUCUCACGGAGAAAUCUUUGCAUGAUGAUUGGUCGCCAAUCGUGACAUAUAGAGGAAAUUUAUCAGAAUUCGGGGAGUUCAUCAACAGACAUAGAAGAGUCAGGACUCCAUACAUAUUUGCUCUUAAAGGCCAACGCCUAUGAGCCAUAUGACAUACAAGGAAUUACUUCGAUAGAUAUAGACAUUCUCAUUUUAAGUGAUCUCUCCAGAAGAGAAGAGAAUACAGAGUACUCAAGACGUGCGGCAAAUACAUCAAAUACAUACGAAGAUGAGAACAACUGAACAGGUUGUAUGUUUAGUAUAAAUUUGUAAGCUCUCUCUCUCUCAAUCUCUCGUAUAGGUUAUAAUAUAGUUCGUAUUUAUCUCGACGUGUAUCUUAAAGUCAUAUUUAUAUCUCCUAAUCAUUUAUAUCUUGUAAUAGUUUUAUUUACUUAUUAAAUUUAUUCUUGUUGUUUUAUAAAAGAAGUGUCUCUUAAUUUGAAUCUGAAUCAGAUCUCCCCACGCGUGUUUCUCCGCGUGUAAAACAACUGAUAAACUGGUGUCACGGAAUCCUGACGUUUGGGAUAAGGACCUCACAGUCUUGAAUCCCCCUUUUACCUAAAUAUUACAGCCCUUCCGGUCAAAAUCUUGACAAGGAUCAGAUCCAAUGAUCUGAAAUCUUUGAGAUUAUUCUCACGGAAUAGUGCCGAUUAAGUGUUACAUGAGUACUACUUAACCCCGGCUGAUCUCACACUGGCAAAACUUCUGGAUUGAUAUGUCACAGUUUGUGGGAGUUUCCUGUAGAGCUUAAUUUUAUGCUUUUAAGGGUAAAAUUACAUUGAAACAAAUGAUUUUCAUUCAAAAUGCUAUCCAGAAUAACAAAAACUCAAAUUUGUGCAAAUUAAAACUUUUUAUAGCAAUUUUUGUAAAAGUUGUGUGAACCAUAUUGUAAUAUACAUCAUUGUCUUAUGGCUUGAUGUAAUAAUAUAAUUAUUAACUAAAAACAAUUGAUAUCCAAAUGAAAUCACCUGAAAGGUAGAAAUAUUACAUGAAAUAAAAACUUAUGACAAUUUAGACAACAGUCAAAUUGUUUCUUAGCUGUUUUUCUUUGCUAA